AUGCCCGAGAAUCGCAUCUACCCGCUCGCCAGACCCCCAGGGCAUAAGCCGCCCAUGGAGCGGUGGAAGCUCGAGUUCCCCAACAGUUCCAGCCCUACUAUCUACACAGCAUACAUAGGCAUCCAGCGGCACAACUCCACCCCAGACACCCUAUCCGCAUUUUCAAACGCCACAGAAGCCAUACAAGACUGGCUCAGCAGCGGAAAGGACAACGACACCGUAGCAGAAAAAUUCACCUUCAUCGAAGGCGACGACGCCCCGUCUUCCCUAACAUGGGUGUGCUACUGGUCCAACCAAGCCCUCUACUCAUCCCACAUAUCAUCGCUGAACCUGUCAAAUAUCUACAAUGCCACCGGCAAACCAGGCUCAGACUCAAUCGGCCUCUGGGUAGAAAAAUUCACAACCCCAAUCUCCCGCCUCGAAACAAACUACUCGGGGCUCGACUACCUCCCCGGUCUAGCGCGUCUGCCUGGGUCAGAGACUGUCGGCCACACACUAACGGCGUACUGGGGCGCCGCGCGAGACCGGAUCCCCGACUCGGCUAAUGAUUUGUUUGGGCGGCCUGCCGGUGAAGAGAUUGAUAGCAGUAGCACGGACCCUUCGCCGUUGCCGUCGCCGACGCCGACACCGGCAGGAUUGCAGCAGAGAUUAGCGGGUGUAAACCGGUUCGACAACCUCGUGCAUAUCCGCUCCGGGCAGUUCUGGGGGAAUUGCGACGCCGUAGAGACAGAGGCGUAUGAGGCGCAGUUGGAGCCGAGUCUGCGUGCUGGACUGCGGUGGGUUUGGGAGAACAGGGAGGAAUCUGGUGCGAUGGGACUGCGGUUUGUUCGUAAUGUCCCGCUUUCGAACCAGGCUGCGAAUGAGGUUGAAUCUACUGGACCCCACGCCAAGGAAACAUGUGCAGCGGGCUUCUUCCGCAACCUCGAGGACCUGGAGCGCUGGGCAAAGCGGCAUCCGUCGCAUUUGAAGAUUUUUAAUGGGGCGAUUCGGCAUGCGAAGGCUUUUGGGGAUGCUAGGAAGUUCAGGACGUGGCAUGAGGUUUCUGUGCUGAAGAAGGGGGAGGCAGAGUUUGAGUAUGUGAAUUGUCUCCCUGAGACGGGGGUGAUACGGUUUCUUCCUCUCCAGGGGGAGGAUUUAUAG